CAUGCAGUGCGUCCUUCAGAGUGAAUGGAGUAAUUUGGGAUCGAGCCUAAAUUAACCGACGCUCACAAGUGCAUUUUACACGACAAGAAAAAGUAAAACAACUAUCUAUACUAAGACAACUGAUCUAAAAGUUAAAAGGCAAGGAAUGUUACAAAUGAACUCUUAAGAAGGCCCACCUGUGUUGAAAACCAUUUCAGCUGAUUACCUUCCAGCAGCUAGAGGAUGUUGGGACGAGGAGGAGCGUAUCGUGUGUCCAGAGGGGCCAAUUUUGCUCAGAUUGUUAAGAGCAGCAUGGCACCACUGGCCAGCUUCAAUGCUUUAGUUCAGCGCCCUGCUUCUGAACCCACCAAUGCAUACCGUGGUUCACUGGAUCAAGCCUGUAUCUCCCCGCCUGAAAACAGCCCCAAAGAGAAAAAUAUCCCCAAAGAGCUGAUUGACAGGUACAAGAAUGGAGAGACUCAUGCUGUGUCUUUCCUUUACCAGCUCUCGCAGAUUCUACAGUUUCAGUUGGAGAUGAAGGAGACGGUAACUUCAGGAGGAGUAAUGGGUUUCUACUUUGCAUUCUGUGCUGUGAUUGAUGGAGUAGAGUAUAAGACAGGGAUGGGCAUCAAUAAGAAGCAGGCCAGAGCCAGAGCAGCUCAAUUGGCCCUAGAGGAGCUACUGCCUAAUUUGGACCAUGACACUGUAUCACCUAAAUCUUCUGCAGGCCCUCCUCUUCUACAGGUAAAAGAGCAAAGUGGGACUGAAGAAGAUCAUAUUAAAGAACUGGUUCCAGCUGCUGUUAAGGAUGUUUUCUUCAGGCUGAUAGACAGUUAUCCAGAGUUUUCUGGUUGUGGUGAAACAGUAGCUGCAUUUGUACUUCAUUCUUCAACUGGAUGUGAAGUAGUGGCUCUUGGUACAGGCAACUGUAACACAAAAGGGAGUCUGGCACCUCAUGGACGCAUCCUUCAUGAUUCUCAUGCUGUUGUGACUGCAAGGAGAUCACUCCUGAGGUACCUGUACAGGCACCUGCUAUUGUUCUACAGUAGAAAUCCUGCGCUGGAGGAGAAGUCAGUUUUUCAUUUGGAUGAGAGCACCAAACUCUUAAGUCUGAGGAGGGAAUUCACCUUAAAUUUGUACCUCAAUCAGCUGCCCAAAGGAGCUGCCCAGAUGCCUUCUCGUCUUCGUCUCAACCCCCUGUCCAUCUCAGCUUGGGAAGUAAAUAAUCAGAUUGGUCUGCAUGUGACCGUAGAUGGAAAAGCCUUUUCCGUGUUCUCUUCCACACAUGACCCGAGUGGGUCUCGUGUCAUCAGCAUGUCAGCUACUGACAAAAUCACACAGUGGCAGGUUUUGGGCUUCCAGGGUGCCCUUCUCAGCCACUUCAUCGAGCCCAUCUGUGUCAAUAGCAUUCUUAUUGGUAAUGAAAGCUGCAAUGAUACACGUGGCAUGGAGGUUGCAGUAAAGAGAGUAGAUGGCGUCACUUCUAAGUUGCCGAUGUAUUACAGUGUGCAUCAGCCACAUAUUCUCCUGGUGCCCUCUGUGAUUCCUACAGACACCCACAGCACUCAGACAUCUCUCAGCCUCAACUGGAGCCAAGGAGAUGCUUCCCUUGAAGUUGUAGAUAGUGCAGAGGGCAAAUCUGUGGAAAAGUCUCCCUUUAAAAGUGGCCCUGCUCUUGCUAGUCGUCUGUGUAAAGCUGCCAUGCUAAGUCGUUUUAACUUGGUAGCGAAAGAGGCACAGAGAGAGGAGUUGCUAGCUGCAGUGUCCUACAGGGAGGCCAAGAUGAUGGCGAAACCCUACCAGGAAGCGAAAAGUGUUCUGAAGUCCUACUUGGCCACAAGGGGCUAUGGACAGUGGGUUGAGAAACCACCUAUAAGCGAUCUCUUGAUAAAGUGAGAGCCAGUCCACAUAUCCUGUCCUAGCUUUGAAACAUCUUUGAAAGAAAAAGUUUAAAAAUUCAGUGACAAAUGUUAAAUUUUUAUAAAUGUUCUGUUUAAAAAAUAUUAUGUUUAAUAGUUGUGUGUGAGAGACGAUUUGUUACGCUUAUUUUGUUGAAUGUAUGUUUUUGUUUGUUGAUUCCUCCCAACAGAGAAUGUAAAACUCAAAUAAGUGGCUUAAAAAGUGAUAUUGAAUAAAAUGAAACGUUCUCAAGUUA